AUGAGGCAAACCGUGGAUCAGCUUCCGUAUCUCCCAGAUUCCAACAAGGAAUCCGACCUCUUCAGCUUUUCUGGGGAAGAGCCGAAGCAAAAUUUCCUCCCGCAUGGAUUUCCACGGAGACUCAACUCAGACAUGACCUGGAAAGGAGCAGAUAUCUCUACAGAUCACCUACCAGAUGCUGGAGCUCCCUACUUGGUCAUUUUGCAAGCUCCACAAUUGGCCGAGAUAGAUGCAGCGCUCAGGUACUUUCAAAAGCUGAAUCGGCCAAUGAAAAGCUUGGACCCGUCAACGUUUCCUCUGCCGUGCUUGCACUCAACACUACGGUCCGCCUCGGACAAUUUGCAUUCCGGAUACGGGUUCACGCUCAUUCGAGGAGUUCCAGUAGAACGCUAUUCUCGCGAAGAGAAUAUGAUCAUUUAUGUCGGGAUCUCCUCGCAUAUUGCCGCUGUCCGCGGCCGGCAAGAUCAUCAAUUCGAGGGAAAGCCAGCCGACGUGAUGGUAGCUCACAUAACUGACAUGCGACGCCCUGGCGACGUACAAAACUUUUCUCUGGCAGCUUACUCCGACGGUGAAGUCGUGUAUCACACGGAUGUGGGCGAUAUAGUAUCCCUCUUUGUUCUGAGUGAACCCUUGAGCGGCGGCGAAAGUCUGCUUGCGAGUGCAUGGACUGUAUACAAUGCCCUGGCGGAGACCCGCCCUGAUCUGAUCCGUGUGUUGGCGGAAGACUGGCCGAUACCAAGUGCACGAGAGCCCGGUCUGAUCACUCGCCGACCGCUACUGUUCUACCAACCAGCUUCGAACACAGCUCCGGAACGGGUGAUCCUGCAGUUUUCUCGACGCUCGUUCUCUGGCUUUGGUGCCUUCACUCGCGAAAACUCUUUGAGUGCGAUCCAAGUGGAGGCACUCGAUGCUAUCCACUUCCUUGCAGAAAAAUUCCACGUAGCCAUGAAGCUGGAGAAAGGUGACAUGCAAUUCGUGAAUAACCUAAGCAUGAUCCAUGCUCGAAAUAGCUAUGCUGAUGAUUCAGAGAACCGUCGUCACCUGCUACGUCUGUGGCUUCGUGAUCCUCAAAACCAAUGGACCACACCAGACCCGCUGUACAACCGCUCGAAUCGGAUCUAUGAUCAGCAUUUACGGAAGGGCCCGCAAAUAUUCCCCUUAGAUCCAAUAGCCAGAUCGGUGGGAAAGGCUGGGAAAGAGUGA